GGGUGUCUGCCUGGAGGAGAGGGGGCGGGGGUGGGACUGGGGGCAGCUUGUACCUUCAGGAUGGCAAAGAGCCAGGACUUAGAUAUCGUGUGUGUGCUUCAAGGGCUAGAAAAGGUGCCUGGAGGUGGCUUUCUGCUCAGUCCCAGGAAGCUGGCCCUGGGUGAGGUCAGCCGCAUGUGGAGGCCUGGGACUAUUUACCUGGGUCGGGGUGGGCAGGGAGGACGGCCCCGGCCCAGGAGGUGUUGCCAGGAAAUCCCGUGACCGGCAGCCCUGGGCCGCAGCCCCUCCUCUUAAAGGGGCCCUGGGCACGGUGGCUGGGCCUGGCUGGAGGGAGGAGCCGUCUGUCUGCCGGUGUCCGGUAUCCGCCCUCUGCCCCCGCCCCCAGGCGGUCUGAGUGGCCGGAGCCGAAUCCCCGCCCGCCGAGGCUUCCUCCCCGGAGCGGUGCCUCCCUGAGAGUCGGUGCCUGAAGCCCAGCGGAACGGGACCACCUGCGGCCCUGGAACACAGGGAGGAAGGGUUGGUGGCCCCCCUGGACCAACAGCUUCAGCCCUGACCUCUAACCUGCGCCCCGUGAGCUGGCGGGACCCAGCUACGCCGGGAAGCGGCCCACCAGCCACCAGGCGGCCAGCCCGAGGAGUGGUGACAGCGCAGGAGCUUCUGGCUUGGGGGGAAGGGAGGAAGGAGGAGAAACAAAGGCGAGUGUGCCUGGUGCCGCCCACCAUGUGUCAGUCAGAGGCACGGCGAGGACCUGAGCUCCGAGCGGCGGCGAAAUGGUUGCACUUCCCUCAGCUGGCCCUGAGGCGGAGGCUGGGACAGUUGAGCUGUAUGUCCAGACCCGCCCUGAAACUGCGCUCCUGGCCCCUGACGGUCCUCUACUACCUCCUGCCCUUCGGUGCCCUCAGACCGCUCAGCCGGGUGGGAUGGAGGCCCGUGAGCAGGGUGGCCCUGUACAAGUCGGUGCCCACGCGCCUGCUGUCGCGGGCCUGGGGCCGCCUCAACCAGGUGGAGCUGCCGCACUGGCUGCGCCGGCCGGUCUACAGCCUGUACAUCUGGACGUUCGGCGUGAACAUGAAGGAGGCCGCCGUGGAGGACCUGCACCACUACCGCAACCUCAGCGAGUUCUUCCGGCGCAAGCUGAAGCCGCAGGCCCGGCCCGUCUGUGGCUUGCACAGCGUGAUCAGCCCGUCAGACGGGAAGAUCCUGAACUUCGGGCAGGUGAAGAACUGUGAGGUGGAGCAGGUGAAGGGGGUCACCUACUCGCUGGAGUCGUUCCUGGGUCCGCGCACUUCCACGGAUGACCUGCCCUUCCCGCCAGCCACCCCCUGCGGCUCCUUCAGGAACCAGCUGGUCACUCGAGAAGGGAACGAGCUCUACCACUGUGUCAUCUACCUGGCCCCCGGGGACUACCACUGCUUCCACUCCCCCACUGACUGGACUGUUUCCCACCGGCGCCAUUUCCCAGGCUCCCUGAUGUCCGUGAACCCCGGCAUGGCCCGCUGGAUCAAAGAGCUCUUCUGCCACAACGAGCGGGUGGUCCUCACUGGGGACUGGAAACAUGGCUUCUUCUCACUGACGGCUGUGGGGGCCACCAACGUGGGCUCCAUACGCAUCUACUUUGACCGGGACCUGCACACGAACAGCCCACGUUACAGCAAGGGCUCCUACAAUGACUUCAGCUUCGUGACACACGCCAACAAGGAGGGCAUCCCCAUGCGCAAGGGCGAGCACCUGGGCGAGUUCAACCUGGGCUCCACCAUCGUGCUCAUCUUUGAGGCCCCCAAGGACUUCAACUUCAAGCUGAAAGCGGGACAGAAGAUCCGGUUCGGAGAGGCUCUGGGCUCCCUCUAGAGCAUCCUUCCUGGCGGCUGAGGAAAGCUACUGAGGGAGCUUUCUAAAGAGAAACAGGAGGGUCUUUUACGGGGAGCCUCCACGGCUGUCUGGGGCAGGGACAGUCUCAGGGCUACAGGGCCCGGCCAUGCGGGACCUGGCUGACUAGUUCCUGCCGUUCUGAGGUGUGGGUGAGGUCAGAGCCCCUGUCGGCCCUGGACCUACGUUGUCCCUCUUCUCACCCUCAAGAGAAAGUAAAGUUGCAGGCCAAGAUGAUCUCAAAUUCCCUUUUGGAGAUUCUUUUAACCUGUUGUAUAAACUGGAGACCCUACAUCUCCUGGCUGGGUGUUCAGUUGGUCUUGAUUUCUGUUGUAAGACAGAAGUGGUUAUAUACGUUCUUGCUGCUCUCAUCAUUGCUUUUCAGCCUCCCCUCUGCCUCCCCUGCACUGACUGGGCUGUGCUGCCCCCAGAGCAGCACCAUGUGGCCUUUAACACAACGGCUUUCUGUUCCCAAUUCACCCCACCCUGCUUGUUUGGGAAAAGCCGUCUCCUUGCGCUUGUGGCUGAACACCUCCUCCUUGACUCCGCCAGCAUCACACGAGGGGGACUGAUGGCAUGGCGCUUGACCGGCCCCAGUGAGUGAACUUCCAGAGCUGGCGAGUCCUCUUUCCAGUAGGCAAGACCAACUAUUGAACCGCCCCCCGCAAUGGUGUCCAGAGUGAAUGGACAGGCAGGUAGUGGCGGCCAGGGAGGGCCAGGGGAGAGCUCGUUCCACCCCCACCCCCCCAUAGAAACAUGGUAAGUUGCUGCUAUUGAUUGAGGGGUUUGUGUUGGAGGCAGAGGAAGGAGCCUUGGUGUAUUGGGAGGGGGGGCGGAUCAGUGCCUACAACACCUUUCCCCAGGUAACAGGUACACGGUCCUUAGGGAGCCGCGGAUGGUGGGGGCCAGGGUUCAGGUUUCCCGGGAACGCUGUGAAUUUCUCCUGCAGGAGAAGCCAUUUGAACUCUUUCAACUGUAUCAGUAGCACAGUAUUUUUGUAUGAAAAGUGGGAGACUUCUGACCAGUAACUCAUUUAAUUGCAACAUUUUGAAAUAAAAAAUAAAACUCA